AUGGAACGCAUGUGAUGACCUGAGCCGAGCCGAGCCCAGCCGAGCCACUGUCAAUUAAAGGCCUCCCCUCCCACACCUCUCUCUCCCUCCCUCCCCAACUAAUUCCCAAACUCUAAUCGAUUUUCUGCACCAAUGAUUCUCGGAUGAGUUUAUAGAGAACGGCAACCGGAGAUCAGCUUCUAGUUUCCUCAGGUCAUGAUGGAUUAGCGGCGAUGUUUGGUGAUUACUGCUGUCCAUCUUCACAUCAAAUUUUCCUGAACAGCUUUCAUUUUGGAUAAACAGGAAGAACAAAAGAUGACGUCAUCACUGGUAUCAGCAAAUCCAGCUGUAAAUUCCGAUAGUUCAUCAACCAGGAGGAAGAAGAAGAAGAGUCGUAUCCAGUCCUCGGGAGAAAACCUCAAUAGAAACGAUUCACAGCAAAAUUCCUCAAUCGAAUGGAAAUCCGAAUCUCAGCAGCAAAUCUACUCAUCCAAACUGAUCCAGGCUCUUCGCCAGGUCCGGCUCAGCGACGGUUCCUCAGGUCCGAAGCGAGUCCACGAAGCUGCAGACAGAGUCCUCGCCGCGGCGGCGAAAGGACGAACACGAUGGAGCCGAGCAAUUCUCACAAACCGACUGAAGCUGAAGUUCAUGAAAAAGAAUAACAUCGUGAAAAGACAGAGUCAGGUGAUGACAGUGAUUACCAGCGGCAGCCGGCCGCAGAGGAAAUCGAAAGUCAAAAUCCUCGGUUUGAAAUCCAAAUCCCUGCCGGCCGUUCAGCGCAAAGCGCGAGUUUUGGGAAGGUUAGUUCCCGGCUGCCGGAAACAGCCGCUGCCGGUGGUUUUGGAGGAGGCGACCGACUACAUCCCGGCCCUCGAAAUGCAGGUGAGAGCAAUGAGUGCUAUUGCAGAACUGCUCUCUGGAAGGGGCUCUGCUUCGUCUUCCUCCUCUGCUGCAACUCCCGCUCAGUUCAUCUCAAGUUCCAGUCCCAGUUCCAGGAGUCCUCCUGGCUAAUUCUCGCUUUCCCUUCACUUUUAAUUUGCUAUUUCAUUCGUCUCCAUUCUCCCACCUCUUUAUGAAUAUUAUUCUUAUAUUCUAAUGUGAAUUAAAAAUAAAUAGAGUUUUUGUGAUGAAUGCAUAUAUACAUAUUGGUAA